AUGUAACAGCUUCGUGGACGACCAUUUUACUCGCCCAAAUUUGAGUCGCUCCCGUAAUGCAGAAACUUUAGUAAUUCUGUGUCUAUUUUUAUUCCUGAGUGUAUGCUUCGUGUAAACACCCGAUUCCGCCUAAUGAAAAAUAACCGUGUAAAACGUCGAGGGGUGAUGCUGCGCUUGCAUGACACUUACGCAAAAAGUGAAGGCUCAUCACACAGAUCAAAACUGCAGUGCAUCGCAGAAGAAAUUUUUGGCAAAGGCAAUUCGGCUGAUGAACACAAAACUGUGCUGCAUCAAUUCCUUAUUGGAUUCGUAUCGCUCAGCUCACGGAACAACAUGUCCUUGAAGCCAAAACGUAUCGACUUCGAGAAGACCUGGAAUGAGCUGAAAGGAACCAUCAAAGAGGUUGUGACCCUCGGUAGGGUAAAACGCGAAGAAUGGAACAGCCGAUUUGUAGAUAUUUACUCAAUAUGCGUUGCUCACCCCGAACCACUGGCGGACAAGCUUUAUUCCGAGACAAAAGCAUUUCUGGAAGAGCACGUUCGAUGUCUGUUGAAGGAGAAAGUGUCCCAGCCCACGAUGAGUCCGCAAAAUUCCGAACAAUCGGCGUAUGCCUUACUCCAACGAUAUCACGAUGCCUGGGCACAGUACAGUAAAGGUGUGGAAUUUUUGAACCAUCUAUAUCUUUAUUUAAAUCAACAGCACAUAAAGAAACAAAAGUUAUCCGAAGUGGAAGUGGUUUACGGUUGCAUCAAUCAUGAUUCCCAAGAGCAGCUGGAAAUCGGUGAACUGGGUUUGGACAUCUGGCGACAACAGAUGAUAGUAAACGUUGGUGACGCAUUGGUGGCCCAGCUGUUGGAAGGUAUUAGGAACGACCGUCUCAACACCACUCAACGGUCCGACAUGGAGCACAUCAUAAAGGGAACCAUUCAAAGUUUCGUUUGUGUUCAGGAGUACAAGAAGAAAGGAUCCCUGAUAUUAUAUCAGCAGACCUUCGAAGCUCCAUUACUCCAGGAUAGCGGAGAGUUCUACAAAUUGGAAGCAAAUAGAUUGUUACAGGUUUGCACUGUCAGCAGCUACAUGGAAGAAGUAAUAAAAAAGCUCGACGAAGAAAACAGACGAGCUUUGAAGUAUCUCCAUAACAGCUCGAUCCCAAAACUACGGAAGGAAUGUGAACAACGGAUGAUAACUGAUCAUUUGGACUUCCUGUACUCGGAAUGCAGUGAAAUGGUAUCGACCGAAAAAAGGAAGGAUCUUAAGAAUCUCUACACGAUACUCAAACCGAUUCCGGAUGCGCUGAAGGCGUUGGUGCAAACUUUUAUGGAGCACAUAAGGAACGAAGGGAUUCAAAUGAUAUCUACUUUAAAGGGAGAAACGAUUCACGUGCAGUUCGUAGAAGGAAUGCUACAGGUUCACGAAAAGUAUGAAGCACUCAUCGCUGAUACUUUUAAUUCCGAUCCAGUGUUCCUGAGUGCUCUAGAUAAAGCGUGCUCUAACGUCAUCAAUUCGAAGCUCUGCGAAAAACAGCCUAGCAAGAGUGCAGAACUGGUUGCAAAGUACUGUGAUAGCUUAUUAAAGAAGUCGAAGACUACGGAAAUUGAAAUCGAAUCGAAAUUAACCAAAAGCAUCACUAUCUUCAAGUAUAUCGAGGAUAAAGAUUUCUAUCAAAAGUUUUACAGCAGAAUGCUGGCAAAACGACUCAUCCACGAUCAAUCGCAAAGCAUGGAUGCAGAAGAAAUGAUGAUCAAUAAAUUGAAGCAAGCUUGUGGAUAUGAAUUUACCAACAAACUGCACCGCAUGUUCACCGAUAUAUCAGUGUCAGCAGACCUGAACACAAAAUUCGCCCAUUACUUAAAGCAGCAAAACAAGGAAUUAGGAAUCAAUCUGUCCAUUAAAAUUUUACAAGCCGGUGCUUGGCCAUUAGGUCCCACGCAGAUUACAAGUGGCUUUGCGGUACCCCAGGAGUUUGAGAAGCCCAUUAGAUUGUUUGAAAGUUUUUACCAUGUGAACUUCAGUGGGCGAAAGCUAACCUGGUUGAAUCAUCUAUGCCAUGGGGAAUUGAAAAUCUCCUUUGCCGACCGCAACUACAUGGUCACUAUGCAGACUUAUCAAAUGGCCAUUCUGUUGCUGUUUGAGUCUACUGACAGUUUGCACUACAAGGAAAUACAGGAUUCGUUGCAACUGAACAAGGAUAUGCUCCAGAAACAUAUUCUGAGUCUUGUGGAGUCAAAACUUCUGCUAUCUGAUACUGAGGGCGUCGACGAGAAUUCGAAGUUGUCAUUGAACAAGAAUUAUAUCAACAAACGAACUAAGUUCAAAAUAACCGCUGCUUUGCAGAAGGAAACACCUCAGGAAAUUGAAAAUACUAUCAACUCGGUCGAUGAAGAUAGGAAGAUGUACCUGCAGGCAACCAUUGUUCGCAUAAUGAAAUCGAGAAAAGUUCUGAGACACAAUGCCCUUAUACAGGAGAUAUUGGCUCAAUCAAAAGUGUCUUUCGCACCUAGCAUCGGGAUGAUCAAGAAAUGUAUUGAAUCGUUGAUUGAUAAACAGUAUAUCGAACGGACACCCAACUCGGGAGAUGAAUAUAGCUACGUAGCAUAAUAAUAUGUCUUCUGUAUUAAACAUAAUUUAUGAAAUUUACGAAUAAACCGUUUCAAAUGAAUUUAGUUCAA